UGCCCACCCCCUGCAGGCUACCAGCCAAUCAGGCACUCGCUCAGCUUUCACACUGCCCUGGCAGCAAACACACACUGGGAUACUCACCAAUCCCAGGCAAACUCCUGCUGUGUGCUGCUCUGCGGUUCCCCGCUACUCAGCUGGGUCGCGAAGCUCUGGCUAUUCUAUCUGGUCACCCUGGGACCGCGGGGUUCCCGGAGCUUUACACCAGCCAGGAUCUGGGCAGUUAGCGAGAGCACCUUAGGAUUUACCUCCGGUGCGGAGGGAAGCGAUUCAGCGGCACACGGCGGCGGGAGGAGGGAGCCGGAGGGAGCCGGGGACAGGCAGGGACCGAGCCCUGCUGCUCCCCGCGCCCUGCGGUGCCCGAGCCCCGCGGAGCCUAGUCUGCGCUAAGGUGUCUGGUACGUCGAGACAUCAUGAUCAAGGCUUCGAUGAGCUCUGGGAAGGUGACUCUCUUCCACCAGGAUCCGCAGACUGGGGUCACCUAUCGGGUCCCCGCACUGCUGUAUAUCCCCACAGACACGCUCCUGGCGUUCGCAGAGAAGCGCUCCUGUCCCAAGGAUGAGGACGCUGAGUACCUGGUGCUGAGACGAGGUCGGAAGACAGGGACUUCGGUCGAGUGGGGGCCCAGGGAGCCCUUGACGAGCGCAGUGUUACCGGCUCACCGCACCAUGAACCCCUGCCCGGUGUACGAGCAGAAGAGUCAGACUGUCUUCCUGUUUUUCAUCUGCGUGAGGCAACGCACCACAGAGAAACGGCAGAUCCUCACUGGGCGGAACGCCGCCCGGCUGUGCUACGUCUGCAGCGGAGACGCCGGCCAGACCUGGAGCUCAUUAACGGACUUGACGGAGCAGGUGAUUGGGGAAGACUUGAAGGACUGGGCCACGUUUGCGGUGGGGCCGGGGCACGGGGUGCAGCUCCGCUCCGGGCGGCUGGUGAUCCCGGCUUACGUCUACCACAUUACCGCUCGCUGCUGCUGCCUGCCGCUGCCCUGCUGGACCCAGCCCCAGUCCUUGGUCUUUUAUAGUGAUGACGGUGGGCAGUGCUGGCACAAGGGCGAGCUCAUUAAGGGCAUGAAGACGGUGGAGUGCCAGGUGGCCGAGGUAGCAGGCCAGGCCUGUGACCCCGUGCUGUACUGCAACGCCCGCACCCCGUGCCGAUGCCGGGCGGCUGCGCUCAGCACAGACCAGGGGCUGACAUUCGAGAGCCCCUCCUCAUGCAAGAAGCUGUGCGAGCCGCCUCACGGCUGCCAGGGCAGCGUAGUGAGCUUCCCGCCGACACCGGGGCUUCUGGAGGCGGAUGGCGCAGAGGGGCCAGACACCCCAGCCCACAAGGUGACCUGCCCGUUGAACAGUGGGAAUGCCGCCUCCGCCCUCCACAGAAGCACCGUGUCAUGGCUGCUUUACUCCCACCCGACCAGUAAACGCAAGCGGGUUGACCUGGGCAUCUACCUCAACCGCUCCCCAUUGACGGAGGCCACCUGGGAACACCCCUGGCUCCUGUACCAAGGGCCGUCUGGUUACUCGGACCUGGCUGUGUGCCAGGAGGCGCCAGCGGCGCUCUUGUUUGGCUGCUUGUUUGAGUGCGGGGUGAAUUACGCGUGUGAGGAGAUCGCCUUCCAGCUCUUCUGCUUUGAGGAUCUCCAGAAGAGCAGAGGCUCCUGCCCCUCCUUGGAGCAGCAGCCCAACACAAAGCAAAAAUCCAACUAGCGGUGUCCUCCGGGGGAGUAAGCGAGAGAGACACACGCUCACUCCCCCCGGAAGAUCCCCACCCCAUGAGGCGUGGGCUUCCGAAAGCAGCCUCUUCUUUCUGGUGUCUCUGGUUCAGGGUCCGGGACUUCCUGGGGCCUGGUCUGUAGAGGAGUAAAGCAUCCAUCGCUCCAUCUGAGAUUGAGAACUUGGCCACAGCCCGGGCAGCCAUGCCAGCCUCUCCGGUGCCGUCCUACUGAUGUACCAGCACCCUGAGCCAGAUGCACCACUGCCGGGGGCCAGAACGCCUGCUGGUGUAAAUCAGCUCCACAGGUUACACCAACUGAGGAUCUGGCCCAGAGAGAGGACUGCUCAGUCCGUACUCCACAGACCUGUCGAUCCUUGGUCCCUCUGCUGAGACUGCCUGUCCAUUAAGAAUUGCACUACAACAAAAGAGAACUCACUCUGGGUGCAGGGAAGGGGAGGGGGAAAUGUGCUUUGCUGCUGGGGGUGCUGUCCUAAGUUCCCCGUAAACUGCGCGGCCGUGCAGCAGCCUGUUGAGUGUCCCACAGGCACUCGUGGAUCUCGCCCAGCUGGGACCUGCCGUGGCCGGGCCACCCCUCCCCUUGCCCCAACUCAGCCCAGACUUGCCGUGGCUGGUGGGAGGGAUGCCCUUCUCCCAGACCCAACCCAGCCCCAGACCUGCUGCGGCAGGGAGAGGCACCUCUCUCCCCAGCCCAUGUGCUGCUGUGAGGAGAGAGAGCUAGGGGGAGUCCUCUCUCCCCACUGUAGCCCCGGGGCAGCCUGUACCCCAAACCUCUCACCCCUGGCCCCAUCCCAGAAGCCGCACCCCCAUCUAGCGUCCCCGCACCCCGACCCUCUGCCCCAGCCCUGAGCCCCCUUCUACACUCUGAACCCCUCGGCCCACCCCCACCACAUGAAUUUUGUUAUGUGCACCAAUAUGGAGGUGAUGUGUGACACAUGACAAAAUUCAUUCCGCACAUGGGUGGGAAAAGUUAGAGAGAACACCGGUGCUGUCUUAUUAAAGGUGAUCCUAAGAACGUGACAACACGUGGUCACUGAAGAUCCCAUGUUUGCAGGAGUAGUAGUUUAGCAUCUUGGCCAUUUCUCACUUCAGAGAACACUCCAAGCAGCUUCCUUAAAGCAUGUUUUGCAGUGUCAGCUGGAGAAGUUGUUCAAAUAUUUCCUCUCCUUGGGCAAGUCCCGAUGUACCUGGUGUGUGGGCGAGUGAGCUGUUUGUUCAUUUGCUCUGUAAACUGCUCCAGGAGCAUACCCAUCCUUCCCUUCAUAAAUCAACACCACAGCGUCGCUUCUGCCCUGGGGAGCAAGGUCAGGCACCAGCUUGGAGGCAGACGCCAACGCUACUCCCCAUCAUGUCUGUGCACGUCAGCCCCAAGCCGUGCAGCAUCUCUGCUGUGUUGCUGGUGUGCCAGAGACCCCAGGUUAACCUGUGGCUCUCCCUCCUGAAAAUAGUUAUAGAAAGCCCUGUGGUGUAGCAUCUAUGGUGCUGGACUGAGACUUGGGGGACCUGAAGUCUGUUCCUGGCUCUGCUGCUGAACUCCUGGGUGACCUUGGUCAAGUCACUUUGCUUCUCUGUGACUCAGUUUCCCUCCCACCCUUUGUCAUGUCUGUUUAAACUGUCAGCUCUUUGGAGCACAGCAUGUCUCUUACCAUGUGUCUGUAUAACAAAUGGGGCCCUGAUCUCAGUUAGGGCCUCUUGAUGCUACUGGAAAAUCAGUAAGUAAUAGUAUUACAUAUUUAUAAGCAGCUACCUCAUUUCUCCUCUCCCCCGGCACCCUUAGUCGGCACUUAGCCAAGCAGUACAUAUCUAGCCCUUACAGAGGCAGAAUCUGCAAACACUCAUCCACCUGCUUAACUCUACUCCCAUGAGUAAGUGUCAUUGACUUCAAUGGGACUCCUCACACAAGUAAAGCUACCUGUAUUUCUAGGAUCUAGCCCCAAAUCUUUCUUGGUGAGCUAGCAGGCCUGAUUCUGAUCUCACUUGCUCUGGUGUAAAUGACACAGUUUCAUAGAAGCUGAUGGAAAUCCCAGGCGUAAGCGAGAUGAAAAUCAGGCCAAUUAUUUUGAAAUCCGUCCCUGCAGGAUCUUUGCUGCCCUGUGAAAAUCCCUUUAAUCACCUGAUGAUGAA